AAUUAAAAAAAAAGCAAUGGAAAGAGAGAGCAAACCACCAAAGGGGCCAAUCCAGGUGACUUUGUUACCUGCAACACUUGAAAAGUUGAUAGUGGCUUGUGCAGAGAGAUAUCAAUAUCUUAUUUACAAGAUCUAUGUGCCACCACAUCACCUACUUUGUCCUAUUUCAGGAACUAUUCAUCCAAAGAAAAAAGAAGCAAUCCAUGUGAUUCUAAAAUCGGCGAUUCUCGGUGAUUCCCGUUGCCCCCUUCUUCCUCCAAGUAGAAAGUCAGAAGCCAAAUUUCAGCAGAAAACGAGCAAAUUCUGGGAGUUUGAGGAGAAAAGCAACACAUGGGUGGAGAUCACCUUGCCCUUCGAUUUGAUCUCCUGUGUCAACAGCACCUGCACGAAGGUCGGAUCGAUCGACAGCGUCAGCAACGAGCAGAGCCAAGUUUCGGUUCAGCACGAAAGGGGAGGCGACGAGAGAAUUGAUAAUUCUGAGCCGGUCCUGCCGAUCAGGAGAAGGAUUUCACUGACUCGAAUGUCGGAGGCGUCGGUUUGGGUCACGGGGCAAAGCGGAUCGAUCUACGAGAGGUUCUGGAAUGGGGUGCAGUGGGUCAUUGCUCCUCAUGAGCUCCAAACUGAAGCUGGCUAUGCUGUUUCUACUUUCGUAGUAAAUCAAACCAUUCUCGCUUUGUCAGAAGCUGGAAUUCUCUAUCAGCUGCAACUGAAUGAGAAAUCUCAGCCUAUCUGGACAGAACUAGUGUUUAAAUCUGAACAGCAAAGCACGAGCACUGACGAAACAGAACCAAGUCGAAUCGUCAGAGUAAAGUCGGGCGUCGUAUCCUGCGAUGGGAAGAGACUGCUUUUAUCUGCAAUGAAUGGGUCAUUGAUCGAGAUCAUCGAAUUCCAGCCACUGAGGUGGGAUAAUUAUGGCCGACCACCGGGUGGAGAUGUUUCCGCUGUGGCCGACAUCGGGAACAUUAGACCAGGGAUCUUGUUCACAAUAAGUUCUGCUGGUGAUCUUUACGAAUUCGACAAGAACUCGAAACCAUCAUGGAAGAAACAUAUAUGGAGCGAGGCAUCGAUGAAAGAAAAUUCACUGAGGCCAUCGGCUGGAUGUACUUUGCAUAACAUAGUUGGCGCUCAAUCUGUUUCUCUUUUCCUGAUCUCUAAGGAUGGUUUUUUAGUAGAGCGACGGUUGCACAGAAGGAAGUGGAAGUGGGCGAUCCACGGAGCACCGAACAAUCAGCAGUUGAGUGCUAUUACGCCAAUUCAACUAAAUAAGUUACAUGGAAAGAAUUCGUCUUUGUUCUUAACCACGACAACCGGACGCGUGUUUGAAUAUCGGCUUCUCAAACAUUCAGGCGGCACCCACGGUAACAAAAUAGAAGGGCAGUGGAUAAACCACAAGUUCCCAGGGCAAGCAAAGGUUGCCCGAGGCGUACCAGGAGUCGAGAUUCAAAUUGGAAGAUUGAUAUUCCCGCUCGAUGAUGGUAGACUCGGGGAGCUGCAUUUUCCUGGCAUUGGAGGCGAUGAUUCGGGUCCUGCCCACAUAAGUAGCAUAAGAAGGAAAGCUUCGAAUAAGUACAAGUGGUCGAUCUUAGACGCUCCCGAAACAGAAGGGUGGAACGCAGAAUACUGCACCGAAGAACGAGGCCUCGCAAACUGCAUUCUAGGAAUAAACAAUGUAGUUGAUAAUAGCGAAACAAAUAUGCUGAGAAGGCGUAAGGGAGACGAGCAGGAGAAUUACGUAUCUCUGAGCAAUCAAGAAAGUGACGGAAUAGAAAAUCACAACUUCUUAACAAGGAGCAUUUACCUUAACUUUCGAAUGAGAGUGCUGCACGCCGACAGAUCGCUUUUCCUCGUAACGGAGAGCGGAAUGACUUUCGAAUAUCUUUACACCGACAACGUCUGGCUGUGGCUAAGGCAUGAACACACGACGGGGAUGAGGGGCCUGUUGGGAAGCUACAAUGGAAGCUUGUUCUUGGUGGAUGUAAAUGGAUACUUGCUUAUUCGAGAAAGAAACGGAGACGAGUUAUCGUGGAUCAAUUGCACAGCCAUGAAGAAGGGAAGGCAGGUGGCAAGCGGGCCGCCGUGGGACGGAAUUCCCGGUAGAUCGCAAAGAGUGACCGUCGAAGAUGCCAUCUUCUUUGUCAACAAGAAAGGGAGAUUGAUUCAGUUUACGGUCGCAUUGCGAAAAUUCAAGUGGAAAGACUGCCAGAGCCCUCGGGACACGAGGAUCGCAUUCAUCGUGGACCAGGAGGUCUUCAGAAUGAACAUCGUAUUCGUCGUCGGCCGCAACGGCCGCCUGUACCAAUACAACAGGAUCACGGAACUAUGGCACAAGCACCGCCAAUCCCCUCACCUCGUACUCUCGAGAAACCCAGGAACGGCCGCGCGACCGUCCCUGCAGUCCCUGUCGGGCUCAAUUUUCAUGAUCUCAGAGAGCGGAGGCCUCGUCGAGUACCACUGGAGCUCCCAAGAUGGCUGGGAGUGGGUAGAGCACGGGACUCCGUAUCGAGACGUCGCACUAGUCGGCGCGCCAGGGCCGUGCUUUGACGGAACUCAGCUGUUUGUGAUCGGUUCUGACGGUAAUGUUUACAGAAGGCAUUCAGAUGGAAGAACAUGGAAAUGGACGAGCCAUGGGCAUCCGACUGAGCAGAAUUCGGAUUCGGAAGGGGGUCAAGAAAGGAGAGAUGGUCGUGUUUGUGCCGUCGGCGAUCCUAUGCCUGCGAACUACGAGGCCUACUACUCGAACAGUUUCGCUGGAAACUGCAAUGAAAAGGUGGCGCCAAUUCGACCAAUACCGUUUUCCGAGAACUCGGUGAUCUUCGAGUUACAAGAUGGAAGGCUUGCGGAGCUGCGGAGACCGGAGGAGGCCGGCGACUGGGGAUGGGCGCGGAUCGUCGGCACGCCGACGAGCCCGUGCUUGACGAGCUACUGGACGGCGGUGGCGGCGUGAAAUGCGGCGCCACACUAAACAAGCCAAAUUCUAGCAUUGUACAUAAGAAGAGAAGCAAAAAAAACACAAACACACAUCUUGUUUAUAGUUAGAGAAAGUAAAACAUAGAAACAUUGAAGGAGAGAAUAUAUGUAAGCAGGAGUUGUAUCAUGCCAUGCAUUUUGUAUAGGAUAGUUAACAAAUUGUAGUACGUACGUGCAUGGAAUAUAAUUCUAUUUAGUAGUCAUAUAUGAAGGUGUUUUUGUGACUCUUGGUUUGUUCAGAAGAGAGCCGGGAAAAAUGGAUUUUGAGUUGGACUUGUUUGGAAAUAAUACUAGGCUAUAUAUGUUGGGUUACGUAGA